UGGCCCACACCGGAACAGGAAGGGAGUAUGUCCCGAUGAGUUUGUUCUUCAGGUCCCCGUAGGUUAUCUGACCAGCCUGUGUGUCCAACCACGGGGUGAUGUGGCAGGUGACGGAAAAUUUGUGUGGCACGGGAUCAGGAAGGACGUACGGGAGUGGGCCAAGAGGUGUGUGGCUUGCCGAUCAAGCAAAAUCAGCCGACACACGGAAUCAGGCGUGGAUUUCCAGCAACCAAGUACUGUUUGUUCAGCAAUGUCUAAUAAUGAAGAAACCCCAUCUAAUGCAGGAAGCAAAAGUCAGCGCCUGAAAGCAGUGUAAAGUCAGGUUACAUUGAUGUCGUAAAAGGUUCAUGAAAUCAAAAAUCAGCAUUUUCUGAGGCCUUUAGUGGAUUGAAGAAAUCAGAAUUUUAUGAAGAGCCCCCAGAAGAACUGAAAAAAUCAUCAGAGGCAGUAGAUGGGAAAGCAUUCUCUGGUGGUGGAAAACUAUCAAGCAAAAACUGUGUGAUUGUUAGCUCUAGACAGAGAGGAAAUCCCAUAAUAAAAUCAAUUCGAAAUGUCCCAUGGGAAUAUGGAGAAAUUGUACCAGACUAUGUGAUGGGAGCAACCACCUGUGCCUUGUUUUUGAGUUUACGAUACCAUAACCUCAAUCCAAAUUACAUCCAUGAUAGACUCAAACAACUUGGCCAUCAGUAUGAACUUCGAGUGUUGCUUAUUCUUGUUGAUGUUAAAGACCCUCACCAUGAACUGAAACAUCUUACAAAAAUAUGUGUAAUGGCAGAUAUGACUAUGAUGCUUGCGUGGGAUCAAGAAGAAGCUGGAAGAGUGAUUGAGGUAUACAAAAUGUUUGAGCAUAAACCACCAGACAUGAUUAUGGAAAAACAUGAAACUAACCCGUAUGCCGUGCUUAUUGAUACUCUGACAACAGUCAAGUCAGUUAAUCGUACAGAUGCAAUGACUUUACUUUCUACAUUUGGAUCUCUGGAGAAAAUUGUUGGAGCUUCACAAGAUGAGCUGGCUAUGUGUCCAGGUCUGGGACCUCAGAAAGCUGCUAAACUUUACAGGGUAUUGCACCAAUGUUUCAAAAAAACACAGACCCAUCAAAAAAGAUCAAAUCAACAGGUAUUAGGUAUUAAAGGCUCACCUCAGAAAUCUGGAACAUCUGUUACUGAAGGUACUUCACCCAAAAAAGCAAAAGCAUCCUCAAGUGAUGAUUCUUCAACACAAAAUUCAGAAAUGGCAAACAAUGCUACAGAUUAACAGGUAAAAUAUUUAAGGUACAUAUUUGGUAAAUUUAAAUUAGUUUUUUUAUUGAAUGUAUGAAGAUGUUAACCUAUUUUAAUUUUAAGCUGUUCUAAUAUUUUCUAAUAUUUUUGACACAGCAACUUGUAUUUAAGUAAAAGAGACAUGUUUGUCUGUUUAACUGCUGUGAUUUUUUUAGAUAAUAUUGUCUCAAGAAGUCCUAUAAUAUUGCAUAUGUGCGAGUGAAAACCAAAUGGUAUGCCUAACUUAAUUUUAGUAUUUACAAUAUAUAUUUAUUGUACUUUUUAAAAAGUGUUUAUUUUGCUACUAUUUACAAAUGUUUAUACUUCACAAAUUCUUGGGUCUAUAAUUAUUUUGUAAGCAUCUUUGAGGAAUCAAUUAAGGCCACGAAUACUCAAUAAAAUUUAUGUAAUGCAACCUUCAUCUAAUCACUGCAUGCUAAAUGUUUACCGGACAGUACCUGCUUAAGCUAAAUUAUUAUUAACACUGUUGAUCCAAAAAUAUACAAGAGAAACUUGUGUAAGUUCUGAAUGUAUUUUACUAUAUAAACACUAUAUUACGUGUAUUACUACUAUACUACUCUAAUGCAGUGUAAAUGGUAAAUAUAGAUAGGGUACAGUGGACACCCGUAUUCGCAGGAGAUUCGCAGGUACCAGCACAUCCCGGUGAAUAGUUAAAAUCCACGAAUGCUUAGAGUCCCCUUUAAUAAUGCUUAUAACUGCCUAUCUUGAAAGUUCAAAUACCAAAUGUAUACCUUAAAUAACAUCCUACAUCAAAUAAA